AUAUUUACUCUUGAUAGUGGUUAUCGGUGCACAAUACGGUGGCGGUGCAUGGUGAAGCGAGACCGGGCAUGCGCUGUAUUGACUGAUGACGUCACACAUUCCUUCUACAGCCUUGUCCGGAUCAGUCAGUUCUGAAACCGCUCUACCUGUUCGUUGUCCAGUAUGGUGGCGUCGGCCGGUGCGGGGGCGAGAGUCCCUGCCGCUCUCCCGAGGAUCCUGAAGGACUACACGAAGGCAGCCAUUCGGACGCAGCCGAAGGACCUCCUCACCUGGUCGGUCGCUUACUUCAGAUCUAUGGCGAAAGGCACCGUGCCCCCCGUCAAGGAUAGGCUCGAGUUCCCGGUUCCUGAGUCCAAGGGCGGCAUCUCCCCCGGUAUCCUGCGCGUACUGCACCGUCAGCUGGGCAGCGAAGGCAGCAUAGAAUGGGGAGCCCUUCAGGAGGUGUGCGAGGCCAUGGGCGUGGAGGAGGCGACGGCCCAGGAGGCGUGGAAGCGGGCCGGGGGCGGAGACAAGGGCGCGGUCGAAUGGGAGCACAUACUGACCCACGUCGCUGGACUGGCCACCCACUCCGACGCGGAAGCCCUGCAGCUGGUAAUGGCGACCAUCUCGGAGGACCCGGUUGGCCAUAAAGUCCCAGCUGACACCAUCGUGGACCAUCUCCAUCGCCUGCACACCCAUAGCAAUAUCGUGCCCACUGACCAGUACAACGAUGCAGUGGGUUACCUCAACGAUAUUGCCAAUUAUCAGGAUGGGUUUUUGGUGCCCUCUGAUCUCACAAGGCCUUCGUGUCCUCUCAUGCACUAGCUGGAGGGUCACUUGAAUGUCAUUUUUACGUCGGUGUACUCUCUAUAAUGUGAAUUCGUAUACGAUAGUGACACUUAUGUCGUUGAGUGUAUUACAGAGUCGUAUUUUAGUAAAAAAAAAUUAUGUAUUGCAAGACAGUAAGUCAAUUCUUCAGUUAGUUUAUCGCAAUGUGCCAUGCAUAGAUGUGUGAAGUUUUUUGUUUAAGUUCCAUGAUAGCAAGUGCCUAAAAUAUUUGAAUUGGUGAUGGGGACCACAGAUUUGCCGAUUUUACCUUGGCGAAUCCUUUACAAUACUUAAAACAAUUUAGCUUAAUGCUCUGCCCUUACUGCUUGAGUUAAUCUGUCCUAAACUGUACUGACAUAUGUUAUUAAACAAGAUUAUGCACUGCGAUUCAAGACGAUUUAGUAACUAUUAUAGUUAUAGCGAUACUUUUUUCCACGUUGGUCCCACAUUGAAUUACAUUGACACUACACGUAACAUAUUCAAGGGUGCCUGAUUAAUUCCUUCAUUUUUCUGCAGUGUUGUCUUUAAUUAUCCUUGAAAUACAUUAUGGUGUUUCGCAUCCUCUGCUCGAAGAAAGGUGUAAGAGGUAAAUUGUUAUAGAAGAUUACGAAGAAUCCGAUUAACAACAAAUCUAGCUAUUGUCAGCUGAUGCUUACGUGUAAACAAGAAUAGAGUUGAAGAUUAUUGUAGUGUAGAACAUGAAUAAAAUAAAUCAGCAGAAAUG